UACCAGUCACUCUCCUGCCUGCACUGACUUGACUAGUUUAUAGCACGCAAACAAGUGUAGUCAUAACAUAAGGAGGAGCAGGGUCAACGGUGAACAAACACAUCAAGCGUUAGCCUACAUCAAGGCAAAACUGAAAGUGCUCAGUGUUUUCAGACAAAGGAUGGACGCGCAGUAACAGGAAUGGUCAGCUAUAUGAUCCAUAUGGAGAACUGAUAUGGCGUCUGUCCCAGAGCUGCUGUUGGAAACCUUCGAUGAGCUUGUUGUCGAACAGUUUAGGACGUUCCGCUGGUAUCUGUCCAGUAAAGUUGUUGAAGGAUUUCCUCAUAUUCCAAAGGCUAGGCUUGAGGGGGUGGACAGAGAGGGCACUGUGGAUCUUUUGGUACAGACAUAUGGCUACAAAGACGCUGUUACAGUCACGGUGCAUAUACUUUCAAAGAUGCAACUGAAACUGUCUGCUGAAACAUUAAAGAAGAAGUAUGAGGAAGUCCAAAGCAACCAAACACCCAAAGAAAUCCCCCACCAUGCAAUUCGAGACAAACUGAAAUUCACCCUGAGGGAAAAGUACAAAAACAUUUAUCAAGGUACUGCAGAUGAGGGGGAGAACGUCUACCUCAACAGAAUCUACACUGAACUGCAUGUGAUAGAAGGAGCAUGGGGAGGCCUCAGUGACGAGCAUGAAACCAGGCAGCAGAGGUUCAACCAUGUGACAGCAGGGGAAACUAUAAUCAAAGUUGGUGACAUUUUCAAACCCAACCCCGAUCAAGACAAGGGGAUCAGAACUGUGCUUACCCUGGGUAUCCCUGGAGUAGGCAAAACUGUCUGUACACAGAAGUUUAUCCUAAGCUGGGCUGAAGGAGAAGAAAACCAGGACAUCACCUUCAUUUUCCCUCUUCCUUUCCGUGAACUAAAUCCCAACAUACAUGACAAGGACUACAGUCUGAUGCAGCUGCUCCACAAGUUCUUCCCUGACAGCAAACCUCUUGAGACAUUGGGAACAGAAUCCCAAGUCUUGUUCAUCUUUGAUGGUCUUGAUGAGACCCUCCUGCCCUUAAACUUUAAGCUCAACAAGGUCUUGAGAGAUGAGACAGAGCCAGCCUCACUGGAUGUCCUGAUCACAAACCUCAUCACGGGAGAUUUGCUCUGUAACUCCCUUGUUUGGGUCACGUCCCGGCCUGCCACAGUCAGCAAUAUCCCUCGAAAAUACAUCCACCAGUGGACAGAAGUCAAGGGCUUUACUGAAAAGCAGAGGGAGGAAUACUUCAGGAGGCACUUGUGUGACAAUAACCUCGCCAUCAGAAUCCUCAACCAUGUCGAGUCAUCAAAGAGUCUCUGUGUCAUGUGUCAAAUACCUGUUUUCUGCUGGAUCACUGCCACUGUGAUGAAGAAAAUGUUGUGCGACAACUUGACAGGACACAUGCCAAACACUUUGACAGAGAUGUACACAUAUCUCCUCCUGUGUCAAACGGACAAGAUGAGAGAAAGGCAUAAUCCAGUACAAAGUGACUGUGUUGUUUUGAAGCUAGCUAAACUGGCAUACCAUCAACUGGAGAAGGGCCACCUGAUCUUCUAUGAGGCUGACCUGAAAGAAUGUGAUGUGCAAGAGGCAACUGUUUACUCGGGAGUUUGCACAAAGUUGUUUGUGAAGGAGGGAAGACGGAGGCAAGAGGCUUUUAGUUUUGUACAUUUGACUGUUCAGGAGUUUCUGGCCGCUGUGUAUGCCCAUCACUCCUACAUGCAAAGAAAGGACAACAUUCUUGUUGGAGAUCUGAAAAGAAUGUCUACAUGGUUGCUCCCCAAGUCUGUGUUCAGAUUUCACCAAACAGCUAUUGAAAAAGCCUUGGCGAGCAAGGACGGCCACUGGGACCUGUUCCUCCGCUUUCUCCUGGGACUGUCACUGAAAUCAAACCAGGAGCUCCUGGGCAGAAUACUUGACGUGGACGCAGUAGGAGAAGAAGACGUAGCAAGAACUGCCCAGUUUAUCAAGGAGAAGAUCAAAGAGGAACCAGAGGCCAAGCUCAACUUAUUCCAUUGUCUAAGUGAGCUCAAAGAUGAGUCUUUAGUGCAGGAGAUCCAGCGUUUUAUGAGUUCUGGGACACUUGCUGCCAAAGACCUGUCUCCAGUUCAGUGGUCAGCACUCACGUUUGAAUUGAUGACAUCAGAGGCCACAGAGACGUUUGACCUGAAGAAGUACAUAAGAUCUGAGGAAGGAGUAGUGAAGCUGCUGCCUGUCAUAACCUCCUCCACACAUGCUCUGUUAAAUCAGUGCCACCUCACUGAAACCAGCUGCCAACUUUUGGCCUCUGCACUGAACUCGACCUCCUCUCACCUGAUAGAGCUGGACCUGAGUGACAACAGCCUGAAAGACUCAGGGGUGAUAGUGCUUUCUGUUGGACUAUCAAGUCCAAAUUGUAAACUGAAGAAGUUGAGAUUGCAUAGUUGUAAACUGGAGGGAGGCUGCUGUGAAGCACUGGGGGCUGUUCUGAGCUCAGAGUCAACCCAACUCAGAGAACUGGACCUAAGUGCUAAUGACUUUCAAAAAACAGGACUAAAGCCUCUGACUAUGGGACUAUGCAGCCAUCACUGCAAACUGGAAACAUUAAGGUUGAAUCAGUGCAAGCUCAAGGAUGGUUCUUGUGAAGAUCUGGCCUUGCUUUUAAGCUCAGGUGUAUCUCAACUGAAAAAUCUUGACCUGAGUAACAACAAUGUGAAAGAUUCUGGUGUAUCCCAGCUUACUGAAGGACUGAAGAGUCCACAUUGUAGACUGGAAACACUGAGUCUCAGCUGCUGUGGCCUUACACACAAAUGCUGCAAUCCCAUUGGCUCAGCUCUCAGCUGCAGCUCUACCCAUCUCAAAGAGCUGGACCUGGGACGAAAAAACCUGCAGGGUCCAGACUUUCAGCUCCUGUUUGCCGGACUGAGGAGCCCAGACUGUAAACUGGAGAAAUUAAGGACAAAUGAUGGGAGUCUCCAGAAAUGCUGCAGUGAUUUUGCCUCAAUCAUUGGCUCGGACACCUCUCACAUGACAGAGCUUGAUCUGAGUGGGAAUGAUUUGCAGGACUCUGAGGUGAAGUUGCUUUCUGAAGGACUGGCUAGUGCACAAUGCAAACUGGAGACGUUAAGGUUGUCAUUCUGUGGAGUCACAGUGGAAGGCUGUGCUUAUUUGGCUGCAGCACUGAGCUCCAACCCAUUUUACCUGAGGCAGCUGGACCUCAGCUACAAUUACCUGCAGGACUCUGGAGUGAAGCUGCUCGCUGGUCAGCGGGACAACCCACAGUGUAAACUAGAAAUACUCAGUGUGGACCAUAAUGCGGAGUGCUACUUGAAAUCAACACUGAAGUAUGCAUGCACACUGACGCUCAACAAAGACACGGCAGCCAAAUCCCUCUUUGUGUAUGACGGGGGGAAGCAGGUGACAUGGGUGAGGAGGGAGCAGCAGUAUCCAGAUCACCCUGACAGGUUUGAGAGUGUGUCCCAGGUUCUCUGUCACCAAGCCCUCACUCAACGCCACUACUGGGAAGUGGAGUGGAGGGGAUCCUGGGUGGAUGUUGCUGUGGCUAUGAGGAGCAUCCGCCGAAAGGCAGGCCCGUAUCUCUCCGGGUUUGGCGACACAGACCAGUCCUGGACUCUGUACUGCUCUGAGGAUCACUACAGUGCUAAACAUAAUGACCAGAUUGAGGAGAUACCAGCACCUCUGUCUCGAUCCCACAGGGUUGGAGUGUAUCUGGACUGGCCUGGUGGAACCCUGUCCUUCUACAGCGUCUCCUCUGGGAGCCUCAGUCACCUUCACACAUUCUACAGCACUUUCACUGAGCCCCUCUAUGCUGGGUUUGGGAUGGAGAAGGACGACAGCACUGUCAUCAUUUGUACAGAGGAGGGAAUUCCAGGAAGAUCUCACUCGGCUGUAGUACAGUCACAAUAAAUGCAUUUUAAAUGUAGUUAUGAACAAUUUUACAGUACUUAUGGAGGAAAUUGUGUCUUUCUCUCUUUUAGGCUACAAUCUGAUUACCGGCCACAUUGCUCUCAGCCGAUUCAAAUUUGAUUUGUUACAGAUUUUACAUUUAUAACUGCAAGUGUCUUCUAUUUGAAUGUAAUUGUGCUGUCAGAUUGCACACACACAUGCACAAAUAUCUCAUCAUCAACAAAAUGGGAGAUCAGUUAGACAAGUUAACAUGGAUCUUUAUUGAUCUCCAAUCAGCGAAAUUCAGGAACACGAGCUAUCACAGCAAGUUAGUUAGAUUUAAGUCUAGAGGACAUCACUCUCUCCUGUUAUUGAUAUUGUAGGUAAAAUGUCGUCCUGUGUAACUCUGUUUCUUGUUGUUGUUCUUGUUAAAUGCCUCCUUGUAAUGUAAUGGUGUUAUUGGUAGUGGAGGGUUAGUAUUAAUUGUUAGCCAUUUCACUUGGCCUGUGUGUGCCAGAAGGCCUGGACCUGUGUUUUAGUUUAGUUUAAAUAUUAUUUGUCUAGCUGUAUGUCAGACUUCAGGGUGCUCUUCCUGUUUUGUAUUUUAGUUUUAGUGAAUUUUUGCUUCCCCCUCCGUAAUGAGCCGGGGUCGUCAUAUUGCAACAAAGCAAACAAACAAAACAUUUGACAAUAAAACAAAAUGAAACGUGGGUUCACUUAAACAAAAUAAGCACAGGAAAUGCAACGUCUCAAGUUUAGCACUUGCUGUUUUUAUUAUAAAAUCUGUCAUCUGGGCAAUUCAAAAACACAAUGAUAUCCAGUAAUUGUAUGAGUUUUCGGCAUCCAUCAUUCCUGUUUCAUAUUUUUCCACCUUUUGAAAUGAAGCUCCUCAAUGAGGAGCUCAG